CCUGACUAAAAUGAUUACUCGAAGGUUAAGGGGGGUUUAAAGACGGUGGGCUGAUUAAAGUAGAUUACUAGGGGAGAGACGGAGGAGAGAGUGUGUGUGCUGGCAUCCCUCUCUGAACACCACCACGAUGGCUUCACCAUGGAAACACUGCUGCAUCCUCCUCCUCUUCCUCUCUCUCCUUCUCCUGCAUCCAAAACCAUCAACCUGCCUCGACCGACAAACUGCUAACGGUGCUGCUGUCUCUCCAGACCAUGAUGAAGAGAUGGCACAUAGUGAUGGAGGGAUGUGGACGGAGGAGCGUUUGAUGUCUGCAGACCAACCGUUCAGACAACUGCAGCCUUCUCAGUCUCCAGAUGUGUCUCGGAGGAAGAUACUUCAGACGCCAGGAGUUGCAGUUCCCUUCCCUCCCCUCAAGGUGUUGUCCGAUGGGGAGCCGUGCCUCCUGUUCCAGGCCAGGAAGCUGUCUCUCCGCUAUGAGAAGCAGAAGCAGCUGGACCUGACAGAGAGAGCCUUUUCUCCUCAGAAACCUGUCGACACCAGCCAGUCUGUCUGCCGCCAGGACAAGGCCACGCUGAUUAUGAGGUUUGGAGAUGUGGAGGAUUUGAGAGGCCUGUCCAUCAGACUGCAGCUGUCCAACACCUUCUACGAGUCUUCGGGUCAGUGGUGGUUCUCGGUGGACAGCGUGUCUCUGCUCUACAACACCUCUGAGGAGGCCGUGUUCAACGCCAGCGACGUGUACGCUCCGGCCUCCUCCUCCUACCACUGCCUCCACGUCAGCAGCCUGCAGCGCUACAGCGCCCUGCUGCUGCCCAGCACCGACCACGCCCGCCGCUGGAGCGUCACCUUCACCAACUUCCAGAUCCAGGCGUUCAACGUCACCUCCGGUACAUUUUCUCCUGCGACCGUCUGCGCCACCUUCAUGACGCCGGCCAUCCUGAUGGGCCUCAUCACUUCCCUCAUCCUGCUGCUGGUCCUGGCCUACGCCCUGCACAUGGUCGUCCACCUGAAACACAUCGAGCACGACGACGAACACAAGGCCGACGUCUACUUCCCCCAAAGCCCCGAACAGCCCGAACACUGCUGUCUGGAAAAUGACGCUGAGAAAAAUAUACUGUAGAGUAGCCAAGGGGAUGAUUAGACACUUCAAAAAGAGACACUGACUGAUGCUGACAACUGACACCAAACCUCUAGUGGGACACGUCAAGCUCUGGAUUAGAUUUUUUAAAUGUACAUUUCUAGUGUUUUUUUUAAUAUUCCUUUUAGUGAAUUUCUGCAUUUGUCUUUAUAAAAAAAUUAAUAAAAUAUCAAUAAAAAUGCAUGUUUUGUUUUAUCUAUAUUUUUUGUUGUGGCAAUUUUGUGAACCCACUCUGACAAUGAGGUACGACACAAAAUCUCUUGUGGGGUACACAAACAAAAGAGGUUAGUUUGUAAUAUGCACCCCGAUGGGAAUCUGUUCUCUCUCUUUAAACCGUGUCUUGGUCCUCCUCCUUUGGUUGAUGUUGCUUCUUUCAGUUAGUAUCUUGCAUGAUUUUAUUCUGAAAGCAAAGGUCAGCAUCUUCUGAUGACGUCCAACAACAACAACAAUGCCUUAGUUAAGGCAAUCAGGCCAAAAUUAAUUCAGUCAAAGGUUACAUUGUACAGGAUUCAGCAUGAUCAAACACAGGGGACCUUAACAUGAUUACAUAAAUAUGACUUCACUCACAGCUAGUACAAAAUAGAAACGGCCGAAUAAACUCUGUUGUUGUGAAAAGAAGCAUUUAUGAAACAUUCAUAAUAUUGAGCUCAGCUUUUAUUA